AUGAAAAACAUCGAUCACUGCAGAGGGCCAACUUUUCUUCUAAGUCUGGUGAGCAAAAGCUUAGGAAUAGAUGUUUCAACAAAUUCAAUAGUUUUAGCUAGACCAAAAUAUAAAGGCAAAAAUGUUUAUUUGUGGAAAUUAAAUGAGCACAACUACCUGGUUUCAGCUGAACUAUUUAAUUUUGGUCUAGACAUCAAACCUCCAGCCGCUUGCUCGGCAACGUUAAAUCUUAGCCAAACUACAAAUCGCGAGUAUCCAAUCUACAAACUUAAAGCGGAGCUAUUUGACAGCGCGAGAAAAACUAUGAAAUGGAGUGUGAUUGAUUACGAGCGGAAAAAAUCAAAAAGUAAUAAGACUACAAAAAUUUUUAACAAAGAAAUCAACUCAACGAUUUUUCACAUCACCGAGACAGUUCCAACAGCAAUGGCCAUUGCCGAAAAUUCAACUCGUAAAACUAUUUUUCGAAACCGAAAAGUAAAGAUUUACAUAGAUUAUGAUAACACAGUGGAACGUUGUGAUGAUAUAAUUACCAAUUUUGAACGCGGAGCUCUAGGGCGUUUGUUUAUUAAGACAUACACGUCCUGCCGCAAGAUACCUGGCGUAAGUAAAAAGUUGUGUCUAACAACUGGCAAGAAAAUAAAGUACAAACCUGUGAGAGGUGACCUGAGUCAAAAAUGGGUCAUAAAUGAGUAUGGUCAUUUGGUCUCAAGUCUCAACGGACUCGGAAUCGAACGGACUGGUCUCAGAAACAAAAGUGCGCAAUGCGGCAAGAGUGGAAUGCAUCUAACACUGAAGAAGAACGCUAAUGAAAAUGGCACAUUUUCAACUAUUUCGCACAUUUCUGCUCCGUACGACCCGCAAAAGUUGUCAAUGAGAUGGAGGGCAGAUCCUAGAGAGGAAACUAUCAUGAACAGCUGGCUGCGUUUGACUGUCCACUCCAUGUUUGAAAAAAAUUGUAAAUUCCCUAAAAUCAAGGUGAACAAAUACAAAAAACCUAUUGUCCACGCCCUGGCUGUUUUUCAAUCUAGAAAUUAUAAAGACCUUUAUUUAAGUGGUUGUCAACGAACCGAGAGGUGCCGGAUGAAAAACGAGGAUUUCAGGAAAGAAUACUACAAAGAUCAAUAUGACUUUUUGAUACCAGUGAAAAAGAAUUCAUCUCGUUAUUUGACCGCUCUUUCUUCAAAACAACUUACGCUAGAAGAAGCAGGACAAAAUAAUGAAUCCAACAAUAAAACACAAAAAUGGGUGUAUAACAGUGACUGCUACAUCGUGUCAAGAUCUUGGGGAUAUGGAAUUACAUUACACAAAAUCUUGUGCGUCUCGUGUAGCAUAAAUAAAGCAAUGAGAUGGAAAGUGAAUAACUACGAAGAUAUGGUGCUCAUAAACAAAGCGGAAGACUUGACAAUGAUCUUUGAGGCUGACUCUGGAAAACCCAUCUUGGCUGUACAGGGACUGCCGCCAGGGGGUGUCAUUGGCCCUAUCAAUAUCAACAAUAUUAACUAUAAUUCAAAAUCUGAUCCAUGUUUUACAGCCCUCUCAAAAGAACGCAAAAAAAACGUCCGCUCAGAUAGAUUGAUCUUCAAUGUCAGAUGUGAAAUGCUCUUCAGACAACUAUAA